AUGAGCGGCUUCCAGGGCACGCAGGGCACGCAGGGCCAGGAGAAAAGCUCUGCAAGGCCAUGUGCUCUGCGAGUAUGUCAUGACUGCCCGGAAACACGUUCAAGCCCAUCCCCUGGCGUUGCGUUCUGUCUGGAGCCGAAGCUGGGGUACUCUCACGUUUUCGCCCACGUACAGAUGUCAAGACUCUUCCCCACUAACCCACAGCAGACGACUGGCUCACCGGCGCAAGCGUGGUUUGCUUGGCUUGGUGCCGAGACCACAGAAAAUCAGAUUCGCGCCCCUCCACGUCCCAAGUCCUUGGCACCUUAUUGGCAGCCCAGGCCAUCCCACUGGUUGGUGACUGGGUGCGAUUGCCUGGGGGCUCUUGCCUCGCACAUUGGAUGCCUUCAUCAACCGUCCACUCUUUUUUCCCUCUCUCGUGACCGUCUUCCUGCUCACUCGCUUCUAUUGCUGAUGUUGAUAUGGGCUGGUACGGAGUACUGCUACCUCACUGGAACUGGUGCCGACCUGCCGUCUAGACGACUCCUGCCAGCAGCCGCCCGCCAAUCCACCUCAGUUCCCCCCUCCCCAGCCUGGCCGUCCUCAUCGCCUAAUACCUUAUCCCACGCGCACCACCACCAUACGGCGUCGGCAAACCGAGCCCCUCCACUCCUCAUCCCGGUUUUUUCGACCGAGCGCCUGCCUACCUUACACCACUCUCACCUCGCUCACCUUAUCCCGCCACUUCAGCUCCAACUUCUGGCAAUCACGUCCGAUCCCUUCGUUCUGUUGUCCUCGAAAUCCCACGAUGCGCCCGGGACCAUGUUGACAACAUCUCCCAUCGUCGCCAGCUCCGCCAAUGCCUCGCCCAAUAGCUUCCACUAUGCCCCUACGCGAUCCUCCCCGCACUCAUCUCCUGCCCGGCUUUCGGCCCCUUUGCCGCGGCGGCACUCUGCAUCAAGGUCUUCUCCGUCCGCAGCCUCAAUGACCUCACCUUCCUCCCAACCACGCCCACGACAAUAUGUAGCCGUCGACGCCGGCACCCAAUAUUCUCCCAUGGAGUCUUCCACCCAAAAGGCACAAGAUGCCACCGCCCCGCGCACUCCUACUACCGUCCCUGCGACGCCUGUCGAGCCCCCGCCGACGCCGCGUCCUCAACCCAUAGACCCAUCCGCGCCGCAACCGCAACCAGAGCCCCAUCAGCGAUCCCAAACAGAGAUACAGUCACAACCGCAGCCCGUCGUGGCACCCGUCGUUCGCGAGGCGUCGACUACCACCGCGUCGCCCGGAAAACGUCGAAACUCUCAAGAUCCUGCCGUCGCGCAAGCGCGGGCGAGCGCAUCGGCAGCGGGCGAGUCGUCGAGCAGCGCGGCUAAGCGCCCAAAGCCCACGGCUGGCCCGCCGAAAAUCUUGCCUCAGCGAUAUGAGCUGUGCAGCACCGAGGACAUGGUUGUACUCAUAUCCCACAUGCUCUCAGAGUUGAUAGAGACCAACGAUGCUCUGGCUCUCCGUUCCGGAAGCCUGACUCGCUUUCACUCGAGAACUGCACCGAGCAUCUCCGUACUGGAAUAUCUGAAUAGAUUGGCAAAGCAUGCGACCCUAACCCCGCCUCUGCUGCUAUCUAUGGUCUACUACAUUGACCGUCUCUGCGCAUUAUACCCAGAGUUCACCAUCAAUACGCUGACUGUCCAUCGCUUUCUGAUCACGGCUGCCACUGUGGCGGCCAAGGGUCUAUCGGAUCUGUUUUGGAACAAUACAACAUAUGCACGAGUUGGAGGCGUUAGAGUCGCCGAGCUCAAGCUGCUGGAGCUUGAAUUUCUAUACAGGGUAGACUGGAAGAUCGUCCCGAACCCAGAAGUCCUUGUGGCUUACUACCGCGGCCUCGUUGAGCGCUGCCCAGGAUAUGCGUUGCAAGAGGAAGAAGCAGAAGCGAUUGACGAAGAUGAAGAUUCGGACGAAGUCGAAGAUGAUGGAUCGACGGAGAUUUCAGACGGAGUUGCUGACGACAGCGGAGACUCGCCGGACGAAGAGAGCCCGGCUAAAGAGGCAUGGCAAAGCGGCGUUUGGAAAGCGCCAUUCUCCCCAGGCACACCUUUCAGAAGGGGUCCUACACAUACACGACGGAGAAAUCAAACAACAAAAAUGCGCGCGACAACAAUCCUGUCGGCGCUCUUCGCAGCGACCCUCGCCGCCGCCGAAACCCGCCUCGCAAAGGUCUACAUCGAACCCGUCUCCCUCGCUACCAACCAGAAGCCGACCCUCCUCGCCGAGGUCGAGUACGACACGAAACGCCCAACCGAGGCGAGCGUGACCUCCUUUGAGGCCCCCGAGCUCGCCGGCUACCCGGCCGCGACGAAGCUCGUCCGCGUCGGCGUCUACGAUGCCGCCACGGCGCAGUGGACCUCGAGCGUGUCGGUCGCCUCGACGGAGAACUUUGCCAAGGGGUACCAGCCCAACAUUGUGCUGAGCGUCGACGGCGCCUCGGGCGAGGUCGUGGGUGCGGGUGUCAAGGGCGUGAGGGUCGACGCGGGCGCGACGAGGGAUUUUGGACCGCAGGCUGUUGUGAGGGUCGCGGGGCAGGGCAAGACGCCCGAGUUGAACAAGCCUGUCGUACUGAGUCCCGAGGGACGCAAGGUCGUUCAGGAGGAGAAGCCGUUUUGGCAAAAGUACUGGUGGUUGAUUGCGAUUGUCGUCUUGAUGACUGUCACUGACUUUUUCACGUUCAUCCGCGAAGUACCUUGCUCAUUUGAUGGCAUCGUUUCCGAGACGACGUCUAUUGUUCUCAACGUUCCUAACCUAGAGGAAUGUCUCACUUACCACAGGAUCGAGGCAACGUCAAAAGAUAUCUACAGCAAUCAACCGCAUGGCAAAGAUCCGAUACUGAUUUGGGAGCCAUGA